GUGAUGGGGAAGGUACGCGAUGAUGGUAUAGCAUUAGAUUUCGAAGUAGGAGAUGAAGUUGUUAAGAUAAUCAACGUCAAGAGCUCUUCCUUGCCAUGUCCAUUAUUAGUAUUUUCGCCGACUACAGAAGGUUCCUAUCCCAUUUUACUAUUUUUCCAUGGAUUCGGUCUCCAACCCGACUGCUACAAGUCCCUCCUCCUACAUAUUUCUUCCCAUCAAUAUAUCGCCGUUGCUCCUAAGUUCUCUCUAAUGACAUCUCGAUGCGAAGUAAGAAAAGCAAGAAAAGUAGCAGAGUGGUUAUCAGCUAAGAAGCUGAACUCAGUCCUGCCGGAGAAAGUUCUUCCGGACCUCCACAAAGUCGCAGUCUCAGGCCACAGCAGAGGAGGUAAAACAGCAUUCGCCUUAGCUUUAGCCUAUGGAUCAGGUAGCAAGGGCGAAUCCAUCACUUCAGGAAAGGCAACCCGAAAACAAAAACAACCCCCUCUCAAAAUUUCAGCACUCCUCGGAAUUGAUCCUGUUGCUAAAGGGUCCUCUUGUUUGUGCUCUUCCAACAUUCUCCAAUUUAUUCCUUACAGUUUCAAUCAUUCAGUCCCCGUAGCUGUAAUUGGUACCGGCUUGUCAAACAAACGAGCAUAUGGUGUCUGUCCGCCCGAUGCACCAAAUGGGGUUAAUCAUGCUGAGUUUUUCAACGAGAGUAAACCACCUUGUUACUAUUUUUUGGCUAAGAAUUAUGGCCAUGCUGAUAUGUUGGAUGAUGGAAACAAAAUGACGACUUUGAUGGGAAUUAUGAAGAAAAAAGGGAAAAAGGAAUCAAAGGAAGAUCUAAGAAGGACUAUAGGAGGACUUUUCGUGGCUUUUUUCAAGGCUUAUUUGGAAGGUCAAGCUGAUGAUUUAAUUAAUAUUAUUGAAUCACCUAGUAUUCGUUGUCCUAUUAAACUUGAUCCUGUUAUAUCCAUCGAAGAGUAAUUACAUAUGAUUGAUAUAAUCAUGAAAUAAAUAAGAGAUCAUACCUCCUAAUAAUUGAAGUGUGUCGAUGUUUGCAUCCUAUAUUUGUAUUUCGACAACAAUGAGUGAAGUAUAUAUGUUCAAUAAAAAUGUUUGUUUUUUU